ACAUGCGCAGUGCGGGGCCUGUCCGUCUUUCUCGGCGCUGUUAAUAAAGUUUUCGCGGACAAGCUCUCCCUUUCCCCCGGCAAGAUGGCGGAGUACGACUUGACGACUCGCAUCGCGCACUUUCUGGAUCGGCAUCUGGUCUUCCCGCUCCUUGAGUUUCUCUCGGUGAAAGAGAUAUAUAAUGAAAAAGAAUUAUUACAAGGGAAAUUGGAUCUUCUUAGUGAUACCAACAUGGUAGACUUUGCUAUGGAUGUCUACAAAAACCUUUAUUCUGAUGAUAUCCCGCAUGCUUUGAGAGAAAAAAGAACCACAGUUGUUGCACAGCUGAAACAGCUCCAGGCAGAAACAGAACCAAUUGUGAAGAUGUUUGAAGAUCCAGAAACUACAAGGCAGAUGCAGUCAACCAGGGAUGGUCGGAUGUUAUUUGACUACUUAGCAGACAAGCAUGGGUUUAGGCAGGAGUAUUUAGAUACACUCUACAGAUACGCAAAAUUCCAAUAUGAGUGUGGGAAUUACUCAGGAGCCGCAGAAUAUCUUUACUUCUUUAGAGUUUUGGUUCCAGCAACAGAUAGAAAUGCAUUAAGUUCACUCUGGGGAAAACUGGCCUCUGAAAUCUUAAUGCAGAAUUGGGAUGCAGCCAUGGAAGACCUUACUCGGUUAAAAGAGACCAUAGACAAUAAUUCUGUGAGUUCUCCACUCCAGUCUCUUCAGCAGCGGACAUGGCUCAUUCAUUGGUCUCUGUUUGUUUUUUUCAACCAUCCAAAAGGCCGUGAUAAUAUUAUUGAUCUCUUCCUUUACCAACCACAGUACCUUAAUGCAAUCCAGACAAUGUGUCCACAUAUUCUCCGCUAUUUGACCACUGCUGUCAUAACAAACAAAGAUGUGCGGAAACGCCGGCAGGUGCUGAAAGAUCUAGUGAAAGUCAUUCAGCAGGAGUCUUAUACAUACAAAGACCCAAUUACAGAAUUUGUUGAAUGCUUAUAUGUUAACUUUGAUUUUGAUGGGGCUCAGAAAAAGCUGAGGGAAUGUGAAUCAGUACUUGUGAAUGACUUCUUCUUGGUGGCUUGUCUUGAGGACUUCAUUGAAAAUGCCCGUCUCUUCAUAUUUGAAACUUUCUGUCGUAUCCACCAGUGUAUCAGCAUUAAUAUGUUAGCAGAUAAACUGAAUAUGACUCCAGAAGAAGCUGAAAGAUGGAUUGUGAAUUUGAUUAGAAAUGCAAGGUUGGAUGCCAAGAUUGAUUCUAAACUAGGUCAUGUGGUAAUGGGUAACAAUGCAGUCUCACCCUAUCAGCAAGUGAUUGAAAAGACUAAAAGUCUUUCUUUUAGAAGCCAAAUGUUGGCCAUGAAUAUCGAAAAGAAACUUAAUCAGAACAGUAGAUCAGAGGCUCCCAACUGGGCAACCCAAGAUUCUGGCUUCUAUUAAAGAAUUAUAAAGAAAAGAAGAAAAAAGAAUCAAGGAAAGACACUGUAACUAUUAUAUAUAAAGGGCAACAUACAUUUUUAGAAGCAAUUGACAUGUUUACUAUAAAUUUGGACAAUUUGAAUAAAAUCGGCUAUGAUUAAUUUUUAGCUUUCUUGAGUUUCCUUGUAUAUGCAGGUGUGUUUUAUUAACUUUAUUUUCAAGCAGUCCUGUAUUCUCAGAAAGUUGAUAAAAGGAGUGUAGAGAGGUCCAUGUUUAUUAACCCAGUUUCCCCGGGUACUGUAGAACAAUACAAACCAGGGUAUUGACAUAAAUAUACAUAAAUGGAUCUUUUUUUUAAUAUGUGCAGAUUUGUGUAUCUUGUGGUUGAAGUACAGAACUAUCACUAGGUCAUCUCAGUAGUUCUAACACCUGGCAACCACUAAUCUGGUCUCUGUCUCUGAGAAUUUUACAAAAAAAAAAAAAAGAAGAAG